AUGACUACAUACGAGAAGAUUGUUAAAGGUGCUACGAAAGUCAAAGUGGCUGCGCCCAAACCAAAAUAUAUUGAACCUAUUUUAAUGGCUACAUCUUUAGAUGAAUCAGGUUUAUCAAAUGAUAAUCUAGCAACUAUAAUGCGAACAUUAAAUCAAAGAUUAAAUGAUUCUUCAUGGUCUGUGGUUUAUAAAUCAUUAAUUGUAAUUCAUUUGAUGAUUAGAGAAGGAGAUAAAGAUGUUACACUAAAUUAUUUAAUUAAUAGAAGUCCCAAUAUGUUAAACCUAUCAUCAAAUAAUAUAAUACAAAAUAAUAAUCAUAAUGUCAAUAAUGAUGUUAGAUUUAUUGUCAAAUAUUCAAAAUAUUUAUUAACUAGAGUUAAACAAUUUGAUGCUACUGGAAUUGAUUAUGUUCGUGAUGAAAGAGCAAAUAAUUCAACAACUCAACAAGGUGGUAGAUUAAGAUUAUUAACUAUUGAAAAGGGAUUAUUACGCGAAGUAGAAAGUGUUCAAAAACAGAUAGAUUCAUUAUUGAAGAACAAUUUUAUGGAAAAUGAAAUUAAUAAUGAUAUUGUAUUGACUAGUUUCAGAUUACUCGUUAAUGAUCUCUUAUCAUUAUUUCAAGAAUUAAAUGAGGGUGUUAUAAAUAUAUUAGAACAUUAUUUUGAAAUGUCAAAAGUUGAUGCUGAGAGAUCUUUAAAGAUUUAUAAAAAGUUUGUUGAUCAAACUAAAUUUGUAAUUGAUUACCUAAGAGUUGCAAAGCAUUUAGAAUAUGCUACCAAAUUACAUGUUCCAACUAUAAAACACGCACCAACUGCAUUAACUAGUUCAUUGGAAGAAUAUUUAAAUGAUCCAAAUUUUGAAAUUAAUAGAAGACAAUAUUUAAGUGAAAAAGCUGGAAAGGAUGAACUUAAAGAGAAGAAACUUGUGUUUAAUGAUAGAUCAAACGUUGAUAAUAAACCUAAACAGGUGAAUAAUAAUCAGAAUAAUUCAGAUAAACAUCAAUCUUUAAUUGUACAACAAACUUAUAAUCCUUGGAAUAACAUGUUUACUCCUCAACAAAUAGAUUCUUUCCAAUUACAACAACAACAAAUAGUAGAUCAGCAACAACAACAACAGCAACAGCAACAGCAACAACAACAGCAACAGCAGCAGCAGCAGCAGCAGCAAUUACAAAUUCAAGCUCAGCAACAAGCUGAUUUACAAGCUCAGCAACAGGCACAGUUACAAGCUCAGCAACAGGCACAGUUACAAGCUCAACAACAAGCACAACAACAAGCACAACAACAACAACAGCAACAACAACAACAAGCAGCUCAAAUUCAACAGCAACAAGACACAGGUUUUACGCCAUUACCAUCAAUUACACAAGGUCAACAAUUUCAACCAGCUUAUACAGGUGCUGGAUUUGGAGGUUAUGGUCCGCAACGGCCUCAACAAUUAAAUGCACAACAUACAAAUCCAUUUUUACAACAAUAUCAAGUACAACCUCAAAAUACAACACAACAAAAUCAGUUCACUGGUAUUCAAAGACAAAAUACAAAUCCAUUUUCACGUAUAGUUACUGGACAAGAACAACAACAACAACAACCUCUACAACAACCUAUACAAGUUCAAAGUACUAAUCCUUUUGCUAAUUCACGUUUUGCAUCUACAAGUUCAACUACUGCAUAUACAUUUGAUAAAGGACAACAACAACAAUCACAAACAGCACCUGAAAAACCAAUACAAGCAAAUUCAACAGGUAAUAAUCCAUUUAAAGUAUCACAAACUACAAAACAAUUAUUUAAUGAUUAUUCUAGACAACAACAACAACAACAACAACAAAAUCAAAAUCAACAAUUAAAACCUCAACCAACAGCUGGUGGAUUAGAGAAUUUUUAUACAAUUCCAGUAUUUCCUGAAACUCAAAGACAAGCUGAAAAGCAACAAUAUUUUAAUAAUGCACAAAAUGGUUUAUAUCAACAAACUACUGGUUAUUUGAAUCAACAACAAUACAACCCAAAUCUUCAAUACAACCCAAAUCUUCAAUAUCAACAAUAUCAACAAUAUCAACAACUGCAACCUAAUCAACAACCACAAUAUACAGCUUAUGAUGGACCAAGUUUGAUUUAA